AUGUCUGACAUGGAGGAUUUGGCCAAGACGAGUGUGCUGGCCAACGCGUCGGAGAGCUACCCGCGGAACCCGGCCAGCGUGAUCGUCUCGGUGGUCUUCUCGCUCAUCUUCCUGCUGGGGACGGUGGGCAACAGCCUGGUGCUGGCCGUGCUGCUGCGGAGCGGCCAGGUGGGCUACAACACCACCAACCUGUUCAUCCUCAACCUGAGCGUGGCCGACUUCUUCUUCAUCAUCUUCUGCGUGCCCUUCCAAGCCACCAUCUACUCGCUGGACUGCUGGGUGUUCGGCUCGUUCAUGUGCAAGGCCGUGCACUUCUUCAUCAACCUCACCAUGUACGCCAGCAGCUUCACGCUGGCCGCCGUGUCCGUCGACAGGUACUUGGCCAUCCGCUACCCGCUGCGCUCCAGAGAGCUGAGGACGCCGUGCAACGCGGUGGUCGCCAUGGUGAUCAUUUGGGGGCUCUCCCUGGUGUUCGCGGGGCCCUACCUCAGCUACUACGACCUGAUCGAGUUCGCCAACAGCACCGUGUGCAUCCCCGGCUGGGAGGAGGAGGACCGCAAGGCUCUGGACACGUGCACCUUCCUGUUCGGCUACGUCGUCCCGGUGCUGAUCGUCAGCCUGUCGUACACGCGCACCAUCAAGUUCCUGUGGACCGCCGUGGACCCCCUGGACGGCAUGUCAGAGUCCAAGCGGGCCAAGCGCAAAGUGACCAAGAUGAUCAUCAUCGUCACGGUGCUCUUCUGCAUCUGCUGGCUUCCCUACCACGUGGUCAUCCUCUGCUACCUUUACGGCGACUUCCCCUUCAACCAGGUCACCUACGCCUUUCGCCUCCUGUCACACUGCAUGGCCUACGCCAACUCCUGCGUCAACCCCAUCGUCUACGCGCUGGUCUCCAAGCACUUCCGCAAGGGCUUUAAGAAGGUCUUCAGCUGCCUGCUCAGCAAGAACGGACGCAACAAGGUCCACGUGGUGCACGUGGCCAACACCGUGCCGGGUUUCGAGGGGGCGUCCACCGAGGUGUCGCAGAUGAAUGAAGAGAACGCUCGGCAGAACGAGUGCGAGAUGACCAACAGACGGGCGGUCGAGCCCCGGGAGCCCACGGUCACCCUCAACUUGCCCUUUCAGCAACCCACCUGA